UCUCGAUCUACUCAACGAUUUUGCAAGUCACAUACAACGAUCAGACCGCCUCUUAUAACAUUGGUGUGGACCAUGCACAUCAUAGAGCGUUCAGCCAACGAUUUCGACGCGAGGUUGAUCAUUGGGCCGGUCCAAGUCAGUGGGCUUUUGAGCGCUGCAUUAUUCGGUUGUCUUUCUUGUCAGUCCUACAUAUAUUUCGCAAGGUGCAAGAGUGAUCAUCUCGCUUUGAAAGCCGUUGUAUUUGCAAUCUUCUUCAUUCAACUGGGUCACUUUGUCUGCAUAAUAUCAACAUUAUGGACAAUGACUGUUAGCACCUAUGGUGACCCAUCUUAACUCUGGGUGUUGCCUCUGGCAGCAGACUCGGCCAUUCCAUUGAGCGCUUGUACAGCAUUCAUCGUGCAGUCAUUUUACGCAUUUCGACUCUGGAAGUUGUCUAAAAAAGUUUACUUACCUAUCCUCUGCGAAAU